GUGGCACCGCGGUGGGCUGGUGCCCCAACAGAAAGCGCAGGAGUGCUCCUGAGCGAUGGUUCUUCCAUCGUGCCGCUUUCCAAGGAAAAUGUGCUGCCGCAACAACCUGCUUGCGAACCAGCUGUUGUCGGCAUGCCGCUGGUGCAGGAGGUCGUUGUGCAACCCAUGGCCUGCAUUGUCAUUUCGACGGAUGAUGCAUGGCUUUUACAGAAGCAGCGCUGCCAAGAGGUUGCAGACAGGCUUCUGGCCGACUUCCAGACUUUAGAGCAGCAGCACCCGGAUGUUUGCUCUAUCGGCUCGCUGGGACAUCCUUGGGGUUGCGCUUGGGCUUGUCGCUUUAUGAAGCGCGGAGCGGGUUGCGUGCACGGUCGCCAGUGCACUCGCUGCCAUCUCUGCACCUGGUCGAAAGGCGUGCUGAAGAUGGAGAAGAAGUGGAAGGAUGCGCAGCAAGCACCAGAUGGCAUGGCAGCCUCCAUCGGCUCUAGAGGCCAUCCAGAACACUGUGCCUGGGCUUGCCGCUUCAUGAAGCGCGAAGCAGGCUGCAUCAACAAGGAGCUGUGCCCCCGCUGCCACCUCUGCACGUGGUCGAAGGCAACGUUGAAGAGGGAGCAGGCAGCCAAGAAGCUGCAGCAGGCUUCUGUCUCAGUGGCCUAUGCGGGCAUUCCGCAGCCUGUGCCCUUCAUGGUACAAGCCAUGGAGCAGCCAGGAACGAGCUCAGCUUUCCAAACCUGGCAGGGCGAAGCUGAAGGUUUCAAGGACGAAGCCGAAGCCGCCGGAAGUCAAAAUCCAGACACCCGACCUGGCCUGGUAACCUCAAAGCAGGGCAGCAGCGAUUGGGAUGCUUCGGCUGAAGAGACUUCAGCCGUCGUACAUUCGUCCGGGAUGGUCUGGGGCCAUGCGUUGAAAGAAGGGCUGGACGCAUUGGAGGGGUCGCCAUAUUCGCACGGCUGGAAUAUUUCCGUGGAGAUUGAGGCGCCUCGCACGAACCUCUCUGCACUUGGCGGCGAGCCGUUCAAUCUGCGGGACAUCUCUCAGGAGUAUCUGCCGGACUUCUCGCACGAUGAGGGCAUCGCCUUCCUUAGCGAGUUUGUCGCAGGCAGCUCCAUCGUGAUGUGGGUGCUGAUCGUACUUCUGCCUUUGUUCGUCUCCUUUCGUGGAAAGAAGCGGCCCUAUGUCGCGGCCAUGGCCUUGCGAACGCUGCGGGCGGCCUUCGUAGUGCACAUUCUGCGAAUACCCACCUACCUGACGACCACCCUGCCUGGAGCGGCUCCGCACUGCCAGAGUGUGAGGUGGCCUUCGAAUUUUCCCAGGCCAAAAGGUGGUUGGGAGGAGAACCAGAAGCACCUGCGUACGGUGUGGGACUUGUUCUCUAGCACGUACAACCUCACACACAACAGCAACUGUGGCGAUUUGGUUUUCAGUGGCCACACGGUGACCACUGCCACGCUCCUGGUGGCAGUGUGCUACUAUGCAGACCAGAUGCUCCCGAAGUGGAUGAGGAACAUCAUCGUCGUAACAUCGACGCUUCUCCUACUCUUGCAGGUUUUCCUCAUCGUAACUGUGCACAACCACUACACGGUUGACGUCGUCAUCGCGGCCUACCUCGCUCCGCUGAACUUCUGGGCCUGGCUACACCUCGCCCCGACUGAAUCCGGAGCCGACUGCUCCCGCGAGACGUCGACACCGCGAAGUGUUUACUGGCGGCAGCCAAGAGGCUUGUUUGUGAUCCGUAUUCGGUCCAGACGCCCGCUGGUGCGAAGGUCGAGGUGCAGCAAUCCCCUGUUUGGGGCAUCGCGCAUUCCUUUAGCCUGCUGUCUGUGUUGCUGUCUCGUCCUCAUCGUCGCUGUCGGUAUCCGGGUUUAG